AUGCUGAUAUCUCAGAGCAGUAAGAUGCUGAUAUCUCAGAGCAGUAAGAUGCUGAUAUCUCAGAGCAGUGAGAGGCUGAUAUCUCAGAGCACUGUGAUGCUGAUAUCUCAGAGCAGUAAGAUGCUGAUAUCUCAGAGCAGUGAGAUGCUGAUAUCUCAGAGCAGUGAGAUGCUGAUAUCUCAGAGCAAAGCUGCCAGAAUGUGGGGGCGUGUUUGGGACCCCCCAGCGUGCUCAGAGUGCCCCCAUCACGUGCGGACGGGGGCUGACGCGCCCGUGUCCUUCCCUGAGUUCUGCGAGGCGUUUGGGUUCCCCGCCGGGCCCUCAGGGGCCCCUGGGCUGCUGUUGUUCUACGAGUUGCGGGGCCCCAACGGGGGGCUGCUGCAGAGGGGGAGGGCCACCGGCUGCCCCCGCCUUGGCCUGCACCCCGAAACCCUGCUGUUCGGCCCUGAGGGGUACCUGCAGACGGCCCUGGAGGAGGGGGAGGAGGUGAGCUACAUCAUGCUGUACAGUAACUACACCCCCUGUGAGGAGGCCCCAGCCUACUGCGCCAGCGCCCUGUGCCACUUCCUGGAGCUGCACCCGGGCGUGCGUCUGGACCUGCUGUUCUCCCAGCUGUACCGCACGGACGCGCGCUGGCCCGACGCCGCCCAGAACCGGGCGGGGCUGCGGCGCCUGGCCGCCCUGUGGCCCCGCCUCUCGCUCAGCCCCCUCUCGGGCGGGGCCUGGGCCCAGCUGCAGCGCGCCUUCGUCCGAGGCUCCUCCCCCUACGCCGCCCCGCCCGCCCCCGCCCCCGGGAGGGCGGCGGCCGACCACCUGAACGCCGUUCUCAUUCACGCCCUCACCGGCGUCGGCCCUGCCUUCCUGGACCUCCCCCUCCCCCUCCCCCGCCAGGGCGUGUCCGAGCCCGGCCCCGCCCACGCCACGCCCGCUGUGCGCCGGUCCCUCACCUUGCUCCCGCCCCCACAUCUGCACCCCUACCUAUCGGAGGGCGUUGCAUACUCCUCCCCCUUCGUCGAUAGGCCGGUCCCCCACCCCCUCGCCAAGCCCCUCCCCCUCAGUCCACACUAUCGGCCAAUCAACGUGGUGCGGCACGUCCGCAUGCCCCCGCCCGGCCCGGGCCGACCCGAGUCCUCCCGCUCUUCGUCCUCGUCCUCCUCUUCCUCCCUGCUACUGCCCCCGGGGCGCGCCGUGGAGGUGCUGAAGGUGACCGAGAGGGCGCUUCCUAGCGACAGCCAAUCGCAGCGGAGGGCCUCCAGGAAAGGACGGUCACACACUAGAUAG